UGUGUGUGUGUGUGUGUGGUGAAAGGGUGUGAGCUACAAUAGGAGAGCCAGCGGCUCCGGACCAGCAGAUGUGCGGGUCGUGCUGAGAUAGCCAGACGGUAAUUAACGGAUUUAUUAACGGGAAUAACCGGAUCAUGAGGAUCUGUGGAGACCGAGUCGCCUGAAUCCGGUGAUUCACCCGGAGGGGAUUAAGUCCGGCGUCGUCACUCUUUCGGUCGGCUGUGAUGGGGAUAGACCGGCGGAGGAGAGCCUCCCUGGCUCUCACCUUGAACUUCCUGGCCUUGUUUCUGGCGGUGUCGGCGCUCACCACCAGCUACUGGUGCGAGGGCACGCGCAAAGUGGUGAAGCCGUUCUGCACCGGUGUGGUCACCACGAGGCAGUCGUUCUGCAUCAUGUUCAACAGUUCCAACAUUAACGACACGCGCCUGGUGCAGUACAUCUGGGAGACCGGGGAAGAUAAGUACGUGAUGAGGAAGUUCCACACCGGGAUCUGGUUCUCCUGCGAGCAGAACAUCAACAUGACCGGUGAGAAAUGCAGGAGCUUCAUUUAUGUGGCACCACCUCAUGAAAGAGGAGUGCUGUGGCUUUGCAUCGUGGCUGAGUGCCUCUACAUCCUCCUGCUGGCUACCGGAGGCCUCCUCAUGUCCUUAGAAGUGUGUCACUUUGGCAAUGUCAUUGAUGGCCUAAAGCUCAACGCCUUCGCCGCCAUAUUCACCGUGCUCUCAGGUCUGCUGGGUAUGGUGGCCCACAUGAUGUUUACCACAGCCUUCCAGCUGACCGUCAGUCUUGGACCGGAGAACUGGAAACCUCAGACGUGGGAUUACAGCUGGUCCUACAUUUUGGCAUGGAGCUCCUUCACGGCAUGCAUGGCUUCCUCAGUCACCACCAUCAACCGCUACACCAAAACCAUCCUGGAGUUCAAACACAAGCGCAGGAACAUUGAGAAGAACCUGAAAAUCAAGCAGAAGCUGUUGGAACUGGACUCUCCGGAGCAGGUGUGGGACAUGUACAUCAGCUCGGUGCCUAGCGCUGCUGAAGAGCUACUGGACCUGUCGACAAAUGGUCGCAAACUCUCCAACGCCUCCAUUUUUCUGGACCUCAAUGACUUACCCGAUCCACAGAGAGAGGAGUACUGCUAGACGAGUGCCGUGUUGUGCUGCAAUGGGAAAACUGCAACCAACUCCAUUGUUUUAUUUCGUUCAAUUGUUUGCUCAGCUUUUGUUACUGUGUUUACUACCAGCCCCUCAAAUAGGACUUUAGCUUGUUGGUGGUUUCGGUGACCAGCUACCAGGAGACAGAAAAUCCUUGAAGCACCAAAACAAAAAGUGUUUUCUCCUAAUAACCAUCAUGCCCAUUACUACCAGAUGACGAUGCCAUCAUAGGCUGGGCUCUUGAAACUCUAAGAUACAUGUGGAGUUGUAGUUCUGAGUACACCAGUCACUCAUCACAAGCAUGAAGACCAGGUGAACUUCGGACUUUAGACCAUUUUUUUCUAAAGGAAGUGAUACAUACUUCAAUCCUUUUUAAAAACACAAAAUGGGUUCAGUUUUUAACCUAGUGUUUGGCUAAAUUUCACUACCAGUUGUGUUGAGGUCUUUAGUUCUUAGUGAAGUCCAUCCCAGAAUCCUAACGUCAGUCUGCUUUAUCCAGUCAGAAACCAGCUGUGAUGUUUUGUUCAUUUUCCUAAUGGAAAAUCCAACUGGGUUCAAGUUUCACCCAUGAUGAUCUCAGGUGGAGUUGAAGAACCUUCAUUAUUCCACUUUGUGCACCAGAACCACAUCAUGAUGCUGACACCUCCAUGCUUGAUAACCGGUUCUGUGUUCUUGGGUCUGAGCCUCACCGUGACUCCUCCAUACAGACUUCUGGUCAAUGUGGACAAACAGCUCCAUCUUUGUUUUGUCCAACUAUAAAAUGUUUCUUCAGAACACAUUUGUCUUCCCCAUGAGGACAGCUGCAGGUUAGGGUCCAGUGUGAGGGUGUCUUCUGGAUCAGGAACUUCUUUCUUGGACUUCUUACUCCAUGCGAUUCUGAUCAUCCAUUUGUUUUGAUUUUCAGACUUUUGUUGACAUCUAAAUAACUUAGUAUCAUUCAUUCUCAUAAUGUUAACCCUUCUGACCUCAACCUUUUACAGCUUUUCUAUCAAAUUUAAUAAUUUUCCUGAAGAAGGGCCAGCUGACCAGGAACCACAAAAGGCUAUUCUAAACUAUUAGUUUAAUAUUUUGCCUUUGUUAUGAUGAACUGUGAUUUAAAUGGUCAUAACUCCUCACCAGUGGAGAAAUAUCACUUUUAGUCAUUUGGCAUUGUUUUGUUGCACUUUAGUGUAAGCUGAAACACCAACGCUGAGAGUAAAUGUGAUUAAUUUAUAAAGUCCAGUUCUGAGGUGGUGGUGAAUUUUCUUCUUUCUGUAAAAACAACUAAAUAAAAAUUAGACGUAGGCUCUGUCAAGUGGUAUAUUUGUUUAAUUAUACAAACAUUUAUACAUUGAUUCAUGAAACUAGGAUAGAAUAAUAAUGUUCAGCAGAAGUAUGGAGGCUAAUUUGGAUUAUCAGACAUUGAUAAUAUAUAUAUAACAUGUAUUUAUUGUUGGGUCUGAUGUCUGAAUUAUUCUGAAACUAAAAAAAUGAAGUUCUUUAAACUAAAAGUGGAGAUGAGAACACAAAGUACCUCCAAACUCUUUAAGAAUGACUAAAUACAGUCUGCAUCACCUAACAAAGAUAACAUGCUGUCAGCUAAACAGGUUCAGAGUCGAAGGAAAGUUUUUUUUUUUUGUUUCAUUACAACAAAAAUCUGGCAUAUAAACAAGAUGUAAUGUACGUAAUGUUUUGCUGUGUCAGCACUGGAAACAUUUUCUGAAAAGUUCUGAAUGUGAUUUUGAAACUCUUCAGGUGCUUUGUUACUUGUGUCUUUGCUUUGCUGCUUGGUUACCGCAACCCAGGCUGUUUAUUUCUGAUGCAGGUUGAAAACAAGAAGAGGAUUCCACGCUGACCCUGACACGUUUACAGUCUGGUGGAGAUGCCUCACAAGUUCAUUCCUGUGGUGUUUUUCUGUGUAAAAGUUAUAAAGAAUUACUGCAGAUUCAAUUGAAUCGUUGAAAUCCUUUUUGUUUACAAGGGUCCACUAAUCCCAAAAGGCAAGAAAUAAACAAUAAUAAUAAUAAUAAUAAUAAUAAUAAUAAUAAAUGGGCACUUAAGCCACCAAACCAAAUCUCAGGCCUUAAGAAGUUGAAAUUGCUCCAGUCUCCUAAAUGUUCCUGAGAUUCAUGCAUUCAUAGAUUUAAUAUAACCCUCACUCUGCCUCCAGAUUCACAUUGUGAGGUUAUUUCAGCAGAAUUCUUCUGAAAUUCCUGCUGGAACGUUUGUAAUGAGCUCGUCAGUGCUGCUGUAUCGAUCAUUUAUGAUAAGCUCUGUGAUGUCAUCUUUGCAUAGCACAGAAACGCGCUUCACGUAAAAAUGGCUGAAAGAACCUUUGAGGAGCUACAAACGAAGCCCGAUUCUCCUCUUCCUCACUGCCAACUCACCAUCAAACAUUCAAGAAGCUGAUUGGUGGAUAGGACCCACUGACGUCAGUUGUAGAUAUGCAUUGUUGGACAGCCUGGUGAUGAAGGCCAGGUACUUCCUGUAUGCUGAAGUGAUGUUGCUCUGGCAAGUUGCCAAGUCUCAUAUGGACAGCACCUCUUCUGAAGCUGUCUGUGUGUGUUUAUGCACUGUCUACGGGAGUUUAAGUGCAUUCAGAAAAUGCUUCUGUACAUAAUUGUUACAUGUCAGUGAAACUCCUGUUGAAUCUGCUUGAUUUUUAUUUAAUAUUUUUUAACCAACCUGGGUUCUAGUGACGCAUGAGUCUGUUGGUCUUUAUCUGUUCAUCCUCUCUUAAUGUCUCCUUCUAGUAUUCUUUGGUUACUACUUAUCUGCAACUGAUCAAAGUGAAACAGAUUUUAAAAAAUUCUCAAAUGUUACAUUUAAAUAAAAACUAAAGCAUACAACACAAUAACAUAGUUUUGGCUCGUCUGCUGGUUUUCUUUUUGUGUUGAUGGCCACUAGAGGGCAGUGUUAUGGUAGAUAUGGGUCACCGGAUUGUUGGACUGAUUCUUAUAGAUUAAUUAUUGAAUUUCCAUGAAUAAAGACAAGAAUGUUUUAAUAAUAACUAACAAAGUUACUCAGAGUCUAAUGAAACACUCCAGCUUAAGAAUGUCAUGAAAUUAAAGUAAUUCACAUGAUUAAAGGUGUAGAUUACUGGAAACAUUUUUUAAUGAAUACUUUUGAUUGGUGACUUGUUAUCCUACCCACCUGAUUCCUGUUUACCCGCAUGUAUUCUGAUUACCUCAUGUAUUCAUGUCUUCUGAUUAGCCUCGUGUAUUCUGAUUACCCUCAUGUAUUCAUGUGUUCUGAUUACUCUCGUGUAUUCUGAUUACCCUCAUGUAUUCUGAUUACCCUCAUGUGUUCUGAUUACCCUAAUGUAUUCUGAUUACACUGGUGUAUUUUGAUUACCCUCUUGUAUGGGCUGCAUGGUGGCGCAGUUGUUAGCACUGUUGCCUCGCAGCACGAAGGUUGCAAGUUUGAAACUCGGUUGUGACCUUUCUGCGUGGAGUUACGUGUUCUCCCCAUGCAUGCGUGGGUUUCCUCCGGGUACUCCGGUUUCCCCCACAGAUCACAACAUGCCCUAUAGGUUAUAAACUGUAAGUCGCUUUGGAUAAAAGCGUCUGCCAAAUAAAUAAACAUAAACAUGUGUUCUGAU